AUGGAAAUUGCAAGAUCAAAAAUAGGUUUCAGUGUUUCCCAACGAAAAUAUAUUCUUGAUCUGCUAACCGAAACUGGAAAAGUGAAAAAGGACACUGGAAAACCCGUAGAAACAGACAGGUAUCAAAGAUUAGUCGGUAAAUUGAUCUACCUCUCACACACUAGACCCGACAUUGCUUUCGCCGUCAGUAUGGUUAUUCAGCAUAUGCACUCUCCUAAAGAGGCUCACCUGGAAGCAGUAUAUAAAAUUCUCAGAUAUCUAGAAGGAACUUCUGGAAAAUGCUUGUUCUUUGGAAAACAUCAAAAGAAAGGAGUAGAAAUAUUCACAGAUGCCGAUUGGGCUAGAUCCAUAGAAAACAGAAAAUCAACUACUGGCUAUUGCACAUUUGUGUGGGGAAAUAUGACAACUUGGAGAAGUAAGAAACAAAAUGUGGUAGCCAGAAGCAGUGUUGAAGCUAAAUUUAGAGCCGUUGCACAAGGAAUAUGUGAAGGACUUUAG